AUGAUUUAUCCAGCGAUUAUAGUUGUUGUCUAUAUCGGCAUUUCGGCGUUUGAUAUUUACACUAGAGGACAACAAGAUCGCAGUGAAAUUUAUCAUAUAAUUGAAUUAGUUAAUGUUCAUUCUUUUUCAGUAACCACAAUUUUGAUAAUGUAUUUUGGAAUAUAUUAUCAAAGACAGAGCAUAAAUCUCUUGGAAGCAAUUAAUUUUUUUGACAAGGACAUACAAAAACACAAACCGAUUUCUUCUAUUAAAUUAAGCAACUAUAACACCAAAAAGCACAUAUCCAUUGAUGAUUUACUAAAUGAUUUCGAAGCAAUUAGAAGAUACUACGACAAAUUGCACACAAUCACACAACAGCUGAAUUCGAUUUACUCGUUAAGAAUAAUGGUUCAAGUUUAUCAAAUUUUGGUGUCGCUUAUUACUAAUGUGCUGUUCUUCGUUAAGCAACAAUCUAGUGCAAAUGAAAGAAAACAAUCUUUAGCAUAUAUUCUAAUAAUCAUCGAAGUUAUGACCAUGAAUAUAUUCCAAAUUAUUUCUGUUUGUACUUACAGCAUGAGGUUAUGUGAUGAGGCAAAAAGAACACCUCUUAUUCUUCAUGAAUUUCCCAAUUCAGACGUUACAGAUGAAUAUAUUGUAUCAGAAGCCACGUCUUACUUAAUUAUUUGUGUCCAGCUAGAUAUACCUGAUAUGCAAGUAGCAAAGGUUACAGUUUAA